AUGAUUUCACUCUCUAUCGUCCUGUUUUUUCUCGCUACUGCUGCUGUCGCCUAUGACAACGUCUGCACGGUUGUACCACUGGGAGGAGGUCGCGACGAUGGUCCAUCCAUCAACGAUGCAUUUGCAGAGUGCGCGACAAACUCGAAAAUCGUCCUGGGUAGCUAUUACAGCGUGAAUACCCUGCUGGAGAACGAUGGGCUCAGCAACGUCGAUAUCGAGCUGAGUGGCACAGUACAAUAUACGCCAAACAUUGCGUAUUGGUCUCCAAACAGCCUGUACUUGACCUACCAGAACGCAUCGACAUUCUGGUGGCUAUCCGGAGACAACAUCCACAUCUACGGGGGCGGCACGAUCGAUGGCAAUGGUCAAGUCUGGUAUGAUUACUUUGCCGAGACAGGGGACUCCGGAACCGCUGGUGCUUCGACGGCCACACUCGAACGUCCCAUUCUGCUGACAAUCGGCAACGCAUCGAACGUUCUCAUUGAGGAUAUCACCGAAAUAGCUUCUCCGAACUGGUUUGUCUACCAGAGCUCCAAUGUCACGUACCGGAACGUCUUGAUUAACUCCACAUCAUACAAUUCCAGCGCUCCUGCCAAAAACACAGACGGUUGGGAUAUCUACCGAUCCUCAUACGUAACGAUCACCGACUCUGUCAUCAACAAUGAUGACGACUGUGUCUCUCUCAAGCCGAACAGCACGAACAUUAUUGUCAGCAACUUGUGGUGCAACGGCUCUCACGGCAUCUCCGUCGGAAGUCUAGGACAGUAUGCCGGUGAGACGGACAUCGUCGCGGAUGUCUACGCGAAGAACGUGACGAUGCGCUACGCGGAGAACGGUGCCCGUAUCAAAGUGUUUGGCGGAAGUCCAUAUGCGAAUAGCACCUCAGGUGGGGGCACUGGCCACGUCAAGAACAUCACCUUUGAAGACUUCUAUAGUGAGAAUGUUGACAAUCCCAUCAUAAUCGACCAAUGUUACUUCACGAGCGCUCAGCAGUGCGAGGAAUAUCCGAGCGACCUCUCGAUCUCCGACGUCCACUAUAUUAAUGUGACAGGGUCGUCGUCCGGUGCGGAAGGUACAGUGGUCGUCGACAUCGACUGCUCACAGGAAUGCAAGGACAUCAUUGCCACUGGCACGAAUCUCACUUCUCCGAACGGCACUGCGACAUAUAUCUGUAUCAACGUGGCCACCGUAGACGAGCUCGACUUCAAUUGUACCACUACAUAG